AUGUCCUCGUGGCCUAUCACCUCUAAAGUAAGCGAGCACUACGACUCGAGUGUUGCACGGUUAGGAGAGACCGGCACAUGCAAACCCACAGCAGCCGCGAAUCCGAAUAUUCUACGAAAAUAUCUGGACUUGCAGUACGCGACUGUUGCACGACACACGAAUGCAGUGGCGAAAAUACUCAUCUACUUCCAUCGUUCAGGUGAGAACCGUUUUGAUAUUGGGGGAUCCGCUGAUGGUUCCCAGGGACACUAA